AUGAGAAAUUUAUUAAAGAAGGCUGAUCUGCUUGUAACUCCUUACGAAUUCAACAUCAAUUAGAGGCAAAAAUCAUUAACAGUAAUUGGUACUUAGAUUUUGUUAUUCAAGGUGGAGUGCUAACAAUAUUAGUUGGAAUAUUUAGUAUAUUUUACAUAAUUGGAGUCAUUUAUAAAGCAAUUUCAGAUCAAGAAACUGUCUAUGUUGGUACGAAAAAUACAAUUCUAAAUUCAACAUAUAUAAAUAGCAACAACACAAUAUUUGCAUUUGAGAUUUCUGAUUAAAAUGGAAAUAUUUUUGAAAACAUAUCAGAAAUUUAAUAGUGUUUAGUAUGUUGAACAAAAGAGGGAUGCUUAAAAAAUAGGUUUCGAAAAAAACUCAACUAAUUUACUAUUGAAAAAAUGCCAAACUACCACAGUUAACUAAUUUAACUUCGAUGUUAUUUCAAUUUCGAAUUAAUAAAAACAAAAUCUUUAUUGCGCAGAUGGUGAUUAUUAUAUCAAAGGGUAAUAUUUUGAUGCCUUCUUUUCUUACUUAAAGAUUUAAAUUAAGGUCUGCAAAAAUAUUACUAAUAUCAAUUGCAAACCCAUAGAGGAAAUUUAAUCAUUCAUAAAAAGCGGACUUAAUGUAGAUUUAUUUGUAAGAGGGUCAAGACUUCAACAAUAAUUUAAUCUUUCUUCUCCCUUAGAAUACUAUCCAAUUAAUAUCUUUUGGAAAUUUGUAAUUGGAAUGUCAAAUAAUGAAGAUAUUUUUAUAAUGCCAUUCUCAAUGGACUUAAAGAGUAACUCAAUAUUUUAUGACUUUUUGAGUCUGAAAUUGGAAGAACUAUUAUUUUAAACUACCACUUUUGAUAAAUAAGAGAGAAGAUUGGAACCUACAGAAUUUACCGAGGGGUCAAAUUUGUGCUCUUUUUUCAUAAGAUCAUCACCCAAUAGAUAAUACUUCUUCAUUUCCAAAUCGGACCUCUUUUCUAUAUUUAGUGCUUCAUUAUCUUAAGCCACAGCCUUAGCAGUAGCCAUAAUGAGUUUCUUAAAGAUUUUUUAUCGUAGCUAUAAUUAACACAAAACUUUCGCUGUUCUUAUGAACUCAGUUUUUAAAUUUGACUUAGAAAGCGUUCAGAAAAAGAGAUAAUCUUCGAUACAUUAUCAUGAUAAAACAAAAACAAUUUUUUAAUAAUAAAGACCAACUAAUAUAAGUCAAACAGGAUAAUUAUAGCAAAUUUUAAAUUUUGAAAUAGCCUAUUCUUUUAUUUAGUAUAUAAAAUAUUUGGUUUACAAAUUGUUUAGGUCGAUUUAAGGUGAUUAAUCUGUUAAGACAGAAAAAGAAAUUAUAAUAUCUUAGAUAGCAAAAUCAAAGAUUUAAUAUGAUUUAGAUCUCACUAAUAUCCUUAAAAAGCUUUAUGAAAUAGACUGCUUGAAGUUAUUCUUUUUUGAUGAUGAUCAAUUAGUCUUGUUCAAUACAUUUUGUUCUCCUGUAUUUCAAGAUUAAAUGAUCAAUUAAAAAGAUCUGUUUGAUAUCUUAACUAACCAAUAAUAGUAAUAAAAAUUGUUAUCUAAUUCUUAAUAAACUGAAAAAGAAAAAGAUAAAAGAUUAGAUUUAACAUUUGUUGCUAGUUCUGAGAUACCAAUAAAUGUUCGUUUAGCAAAGGUGGCUAGAUUUUUCAAAGCUUAAUUAGGAGCUUCAAAUGCCGAGGGGUUAGUUCGAACAUUUUAAAGAAUCAAUGAGAAUUAAAACCAAAAUUUUAUAUUGAAUUAAAAAUUGCUCAGCUUUGCCAAAUAAAAUUCGAGCUUGUUUCGUUUGGUUUAGAGUUAAUAUGAGAGCAUUUAAUAACAAUAAGCUAUGCAUAAUGUUCCUAAUGAGAUUGACAGUUCAGAUAAAAACUCAAUAGAUAAGGAUUCUGCUUGGAGCAUGGAAGUUCAGAGUUAUUAAAUAGAAAGUGAAAAAAGAUCAGCAAUAAUAAGUUAGUAAUAGGUAUGA